UAACCACUAGAGGAGCUGCUAGGCGAACUGUUUUACGGAUCUGGGCCGAACCGGAAGUCUCGUUGAUUCACGGCGAUCUGUGGCGGCACUCAGUUAGCCUAGCGGCUAGUUUGUGGUUUCUGAGAGUCGAAGCGGGGCAGUUUCAGAUGGGCGACAGCGACGACGAGUUCGACCGCAGGAGGCGGGACAAGUUCAGGAGGGAGCGGAGCGACAUGGAGCGGUCCAGAGAGCGGGAGGAGAGGAGGAGGGACGACUGGGCCGACAGAGAGUGGGAUCGCGGCAGAGAGAGGAGGAGGGACUACGAUCGAGGUCGUAGGGAGAGGUUCUCCCCUCCCAGACACAUCAGUCCUCAACACAAACGUAUGAGGAGAGACUGGGACGACCACCGGGGGGACCCGUUCCGGUACGACCUGCCGUACGGAGGAGGAGCUCCGUUUCCAGGGGCGGGGCCUCAGGGCUGGCACCCAGACUUCCCCCACCUUCACCCACAUCCUGGAGUUCACCCCCUGCAGGGGAGGUUGGGGAUGAUAGACCCAGACCUCCCUCCUCCUGGUCCUCCCACCAUGAGGAGCUUUAAGGAGUUCCUGCUGAACAUGGAGGACAGUGUGGACGAGACGGAGGCCGUCAAGCGCUACAACCAGUACAAACUGGACUUCAGACGGCAGCAGCUGCAGGACUUCUUCCUCCAGCACAAAGACCACGAGUGGUUCCGCUCAAAGUACCACCCUGAUGACAUCACAGCCAGGAAGGCGGAGUCUCUGGCUGCCCUGAAGACCAGGCAGGCCGUCUUCAUGUUCCUGCUGGACAACAACUGGCUGAACAAUGUGUCACUGGACAUGGAGCACGAACCGGCCCUCAUCAAGCUGCUGGAUGCAGCUGUGAUAAAGAUGGAGGGAGGAACGGACUUUGACCUGCAGGUCCUGGAGGCUCCUGCAGGGGGCAGCGGUGGAGGAGCUUCAGGAGGAGAGAAGAGUCAGGCGGAUCCAAGUGAAGGAAACAUCAGCACUCAGAGCGGGUCAGAGGGUCAAAAAGAGGAGUCAGGCACCAUUGAGAGGACUAAAGAAUCUGAGAAGAACCACAAAGGCACCAGAAGUCCCCAACAGGAGGAGGAAGAGAAACACGAUGAAGAGGAAGAACAGAAAACGGCAAAGAAGGGCAGGAAAAGAAAGCGUAGCCUGUCGGCUGACAGCGGAGAGGGCAGCGUUUCUGAUUCCGACUCCUCCCACUCUGACGGGGAGAAGGAGGAAGAGGAGGAGGACCCAGAUGAUGAGCGUCGGAAGGAGAGAGGGAAGGAGAGGGAGAAAGAGGCUCCGCCCAAGCCCCGCCCACUGCACCUGACCACCUCCCUGUUCAUCAGAAGCAUCCCUCCUGAGGUGUCCAAGGAGGAGGUCACAGCUUUGUGUCGCAGGUACCCCGGCUUCCUGCGGGUGGCGCUGUCGGACCCUCAGCCAGAGAGGAGGUUCUUCAGGAGGUGCUGGGUGACGUUUGACCGCAGCAUCAACAUCAAAGAGACGUGCUGGAACCUUCAGAACAUCAGGCUCAGAGACUGUGAGCUGGCUCCGGUGGUCAACCGGGAUCUGAGUCGACGCGUUCGGACCGUAAACGGGCUGACACACCACAAGCCAGUGGUGAGGAACGACAUCCGUCUUUCAGCUCGGCUCAUCCACAGCCUGGACCAGAGGGGGGAGCUGUGGAGCGAACAGACGGAGACCAACCCUGUCCUGAAGAACAUCACUGAUUACCUCAUUGAGGAGGUCAGCGCCGAGGAGGAGGAGCUAAUUGGUGCCUCAGGGGGAAACACAGAAGACGCAGGUGACCCCAAGAACCCCGCCUCUUCUGAUGUUCCCGUGGAAACAGACGAGAAGCUGCUGAAGGUUCUGGACCGUCUGCUGCUCUACCUGCGGCUCGUUCACUCUGUAGAUUAUUACAACUUCUGUGAGUAUCCUGCUGAGGACGAGAUGCCGCAUCGCUGUGGCCUGAUCCACGUACGAGGACCGCUCCCUGUGGCCAAGAUCACUCCAACAGAGGUAAGUGAACACCAGAAGAUGUGUGAGGAGCGUCUGGCUCCUCUGUUCUCGCCGUCAGAGACGCUGAAUGAAGAAGAAGCUGUUCGACUCGGCAAGAAAAACCCAGAGCAGGAGGUAGAAAAGUUUCUGUCAACCAACACCCAGGAGCUCAGCAAAGACAAGUGGCUCUGUCCUCUGAGCGGGAAGAAGUUCAAGGCUCCAGAGUUUGUCCGUAAACACAUCCUGAACAAACACGGUGAGAAGGUCACUGCUGUCAGACAGGAAGUGGAGUUUUUUAACAACUUCCUGCUGGAUGCCAAGAGACCCGCCCUCCAAGACAACAAGCCCCUCCCACCACCAGCACAAGCCACUCCUCCUGGGAUGGCAGCGUUCCCUGGUCAGUCUCCACAGCAGCAAAGCCUUCUGGGAUAUCCACCAGGAGCCAGGCCUCCCAUGCCGGGCUUCCCAGGUGCGGGACCCCACCUCCCACCUGGCCAGUUUGGGCUGGGCCGCGGUAACUAUGACAACUUCAGAGGUGGAGGGUUUCCUGGGAAACAGAGAAACAGCAGAGGUAUGAGAGGAGACCCUCGGUCCAUCAUCGAGUACCGAGACCUGGACGCUCCAGAUGACCUCGACUUCUUCUAGCUCUUCUUUUUUACUUUUUUAUUUCCUCUAGUCGUCUUUCUGUCAGUUAGAGAUUAGAGACCUGAGAGUGUGUGUGUGUGAGUGUGUGUGUGUGUGUGUGUGUGUGUGUGUGUGUGUGAGUGUGUGUGUGUGUGUGUGUGUGUGUGUGAGUGUGUGUGUGUGUGUGUGUG